CUCGCUGCCUGUGCUCUCACCGUGACAAGUUUAGAACGUGACAACAGGAKUGUAUCUGUUGCUGCUGUUGCCUGCAGUACACCUGUUGUGGAUYUGGCCAAAGCGGAACUAUCAGACUGCGGAGAAAUAGUGGAAAGUAACGAAAAUAACGAAAAGGUAUCCGAAGGCAAUUAUUCUCCUAGUCUGCUCUUAUUUGUCUUAUAAAGUUGUCAACCAUGCACUGUUUGAAAAUAUUACGGGUGACCAACSCAGCAGCUGUGCAAAACUUUGUGACGGACGGUGCUAAAAAAGUUAUCAAAAGGGGUUGUUAUAACAGUUUAUUACCGGGUUGUCAUCGUAGCGUUAAAGUUCAACCGGUACAAUGUUUCAACACAAGUUCAACAGAUCAGCACCGCAUUGGAACAGCCUCAGAUAUGGACCACGUGCUUCCCAAACUGCCCUGAAGAAAACUGGUCUUAAUGCAUCCGACCCGCGACUGAAGGACUGCAUGGACAAGCUGCAACGCUCCGUAACGGAAUCCUUUCAUGACGUCAUGAUGGACCGSGAACUCUUCCACAAGUGUGUUGGUGGGAACAUAGUGCUUCUGAUCCAGGCCUUCAGAAAGAAGUUCAUCAUCCCUGAGUUUGAUUCCUUUGUAACAAAGAUAGAUCAAAUCUACGACACCGUCCAGAAAAACCAUGACGGACAUGUAGCAGUCUACAUUCCCCACCUGGCCAAGUUCAGUCCUGAUCUCUGGGGUGUGUCUCUGUGUACUGUGGAUGGACAGAGACACUCAGUAGGGGACACCAAGCAGCCCUUCUGCCUCCAGUCGUGUGUGAAGCCUCUGGAGUAUGCUGUGGCCAUCCACGAGGCUGGGACAGAGAUGGUACACCGCUAUGUGGGGAUGGAGCCCAGCGGACUCAAGUUCAACAAGCUCUACCUGGAUGAGGAAGACAAACCCCACAACCCCAUGGUGAAUGCUGGAGCCAUUGUCAUCAGCUCUCUUAUCAAGCCUGGCUCGAACAAGGCAGAGAAGUUUGACUAUGUGAUGGAUUUUAUCAAGAAGAUGGCUGGUCAAGAGUACGUGGGGUUCAGCAAUGCCACGUUCCAGUCUGAAAAAGAAACAGGCGACAGAAAUUUUGCGAUUGGAUACUACCUCAAAGAAAAGAAGUGUUUUCCCACACUCUCUCUAUGUUUGAGUAAAUAAAUGAUUUCCUUUCAGCUGUGUUCCAUAGAGGUGACCUGUGAGUCUGGGAGUGUGCUGGCCCGCCACGCUGCCACCAUGGGGGCAUCUGCCAUCACAGGCGAGCGGGUGCUGAGUGCCGAGGCCGUACGGAAUACCCUGAGUCUCAUGCACUCCUGCGGCAUGUACGACUUCUCUGGGCAGAUGGCAUUCCAUGUGGGCUUGCCUGCUAAGUCUGGGGUGUCUGGAGCAGUUCUGUUGGUGGUCCCCAACGUCAUGGGAGUGAUGUGUUGGUCUCCUCCGUUAGACAAGGUUGGAAACAGUGUCCGGGGAAUACACUUCUGCCAGGAGCUGGUGUCUUCGUUUAACUUCCACAACUAUGACAACCUAAGACACUUUGUCAAGAAGCAGGACCCUCGAAGGCAGGACGGGGAAGAUAGGACUACCAGUGGCUGAUAUCAUACCCAUCCCCCCCAAACUAGAGACUGUAGAAGGCAUGGUGUGAUCGGGAGCCGUUUGUAUCAAGCUCUCCCAUUGGGAGGGCUGAUCUACCAUCAAUUCUGCGUAAUGAAACAGAUAAUUAUAGACAUUGAGUACCUGAUCCCAGAUCAGCACAACUACUUGAUAAAUCAUUAGGCCCCAAACGGAAGAAAACGUUCUGAAACAUGGAGGGACUUCAGGUCCAAUAACAAACAUUCAGUUUAGUUUUCAGUUGCAAAUGUUAGUGUCCAAAGUGGCACUCUAUUUUAUAUAGGCCUUUAGUGCAUUCGUUUUGGUUAGUAGUGUGCAUACAGACUAGGGAUGUCAUUAGGGGUGCAACCCUACACGUUUUAGAAUAGGUGUCUAGAACCUAAAAGGGUUCUUUGGAUGUCCCUAUUGGAGAACCCUUUGAAGAACCCUUUUUGGUUCCAAGUAGAA